AUGCCCUCCAGCGCCGCGCGGGACACCGGCCGCGCCUCCGUCGACGCCGCCGCCGCCUCGGGCUCGUCGGCCGCCGGGGCGACGACGUCCACGAGCGGCGGCGUGGGCGAGCGCGGCGCGGGCCGCUGCGGGUCCCGCGGCUCCGGCGUGGACGUGCGCGAGGGCGCCUCGAGCCCGCGCAGCACGGCGGACACGCGCGCGGCCGGCGCCGGCCGCCGGGUCGGGGCGCUCUCGAACUUGCGCAGCGCCGCCCGCACGACGUCCGGGGGCGGGCGCUCGGCGUCGCGCAGCAGGGGCGCGGGGCGGCGCGGCGGGCGCGCGGCGCGGUCGGCGGGCGGGCGCGGCGCCGGCGGCGGCGGCGGCGGCGGGGGCGGCGAGGGCGCGGGCGGGUGCGGGUGCGGCGGGUCGUCGCGCGAGUCGAGCCGGCUGAGCGCGUCGACGGAGCGCGCGCGCUUGACGCAGUCGCGGCGGACGAGCGCGGCGGGCGGCGCGGCGACUGAGGCGGGGCGCGGGCGCGCGGCGGGCGGGCGCGGCGCGGGCGGCGGGCGCUCGUCCAGCAGGUGCUCGAGCGAGGCGGCGCGGCGCAGCACGGACGGGCGGCGGCGCGGCGCGUCGCGCAGCGCGAGGCUGAGGUAG